AUGUUACUAACGCCCGGUUCGACAGCACCCCGUCGAAUACAAAGUUAUCGUACAUUAGCAUAUGUUAUCAUAACACUAGUUUAUCUAGUUAUCGGUGCAGCUAUAUUUGAUCGCCUUGAAUCAGCUGAUGAGUCUCUUCGUCAUGAGAAUUUAACAGCGCGAAUUCUUUCCUUUCAACAAAGACACAAUAUCAGUGAUCAAGAAUUUCGAAAUCUUACUCAUACAGUUCAACUACGUUUACAAUUCCACAAGAAACAAUGGAAAUUCAUCGGAUCGUUCUACUAUGCAACAGUCGUGCUCGCAUUGAUUGGUUAUGGUCAUGCAAUACCAAAUACAUUAGCCGGACGUGCUGUGACGAUAGCGUACGCAUUAAUUGGUAUCCCAAUGUGGCUGAUUAUGAUUCAAAGUGUGGGUGAAAGACUGAAUGCAUUAAUCAGAUUUGUAUUAAAACACAUUAAACGGAAAUUCCAACAAAGAAAGGAACCGCAAAUCACCGCUAUGGAAUUGUUAACGUGUGAAGCAUUAUUAACGGUUUUGACUGUUGCAACUGGUUCGUAUAUAUUUCAUCGAUAUGAAAAUUGGCGCUACUUUGAUGCUUUCUAUUAUUGCCUCUUGACCUUAACUACAAUUGGUUUUGGAGAUUUAGUUCCUAUGCAAAAGAAUGAUUAUGGCAACGUUGGCUGGCUAUAUAUUCUAUUCUGCAUCAUGUUUAUCUUAACAGGUUUAACAAUCGUCGCAUCCAGUGGUAAUCUAUUGAUCUUGCGUUUCGUUGAAACGAAUACCAAACGCUCUCAACACGAACGUUUCGAAUUGGAAGAACGUCGUCGACAGCAAGUUCGAGUUGUUGGCGAUGUCAUUUCAUCGAAUGGUCGUUUCAUAACCUUAGACGAUGACGAGGAUAUUCCAACGCUAUUAACUCCUAUUGGUGUACAACGUAUUACAAUCGGUAAUAGUUCGAGUAAUCUAUCGUUAUGUUCGUGUCGUGGUCAUUCGUCGUUUUCAUUUUGUAUACCGAUAUUAUGUAAGAAAAAGUUUAAGCGUAAACAACAGCAUCAGCAACAAUUAAUGAAUAGUUCAAAACAACCACUAGUUCGAUCGCGGCGAACUUCACAACAAGACAUUUUUUAUGCAUUACAAAAGAAGACCGAUUUUGACGAAAAUAUUCUUUUUCAUCGCUCGCAUACUCUUCGUUCAGAUAAACUUCAACGCAGAAGUUCGGUUUAG